AAAACCCGAAAGGUAAGGUGCAGACUGUGCGACGGACACAGAGAGCUCUACAAAACAUGGAUUUUUUUUUUAGCGGACCAGUUAUAGAUCUUGACAACACAGGCUUGUGAUGGAAUUAAAUUGAACUUCUGAAUGUUAUUUUUAUUUUUAAAUAAUAUCUUCAGUUUUUGGUUAAUUUCUUUCUUCCACUUGUCAUCUGGACUUUACACUGACUGUUAAAGAAGAGUAUAUUUUUUGAUUUUUUUUUCUUCCAGAGUGAAAAAAUGUUCUUUUUACUUAACUGGAAAACAAUGUUCAUAUUUUUAAUAUCAUGGUCAUUACUGACAUUGCUGACCGCCGGCGAGGUUCCUUUAACGACAACGAGCAAAACUCCAUCUCAGCGUCCACCGCAGAAUCCGAUGGCCAACGCGCCUCAGUCGUUUCCCGAACCAGAGAAAGCGACUUUGCCCAUGUUUGUUGUAAAUUACCCUCGCAUUCAGAUUCCGUUCGAGAUAACAUUAUGGGUGUUACUUGCUUCAUUUGCGAAAAUAGGUUUCCAUGUGUAUCAUAAAAUUACAAUAUGGAUACCAGAGACCUGCUUGCUGAUUGCUAUUGGACUUAUAGUAGGAGGUAUCAUGCACUCUGUACACGAGGAGCCCCCAGCUGUCCUCACCUCCAGUGUCUUCUUCCUCUACAUGUUGCCACCUAUUGUUCUGGAUUCAGCCUACUUCAUGCCCACUCGGGCCUUUUUUGAGAAUGUGGGCACGGUGAUGUGGUUUUCUGUUGUGGGGACCUUGUGGAACUCCAUUGGCAUCGGCAUUUCUCUUUUCGGUAUCUGCCAGAUUCAGGCCUUUGGCGUUCAGGAUAUCAAUCUGCAAGAAAACCUGCUGUUUGCCUCCAUUAUUGCAGCUGUGGACCCUGUGGCAGUGCUCAAUGUGUUUGAGGAUGUCAACAUCCAUGAGCAGCUUUACAUUGUGGCAUUUGGCGAGUCCUUAUUUAAUGAUGCUGUCACUGUGGUGCUAUAUAAUCUCUUUAAUCAUGUGGCGAUUUUGCCAGUGGUGGAUGUGUCAGAUGUGUUUCUGGCUAUGGCUCGCUUUUUUGUGGUAGGCCUUGGAGGAGUUCUCUUUGGCUUGGUGUUUGGCUUUGUGGCAGCAUUUACUACACGCUUUACAUGGAAGGUGAGAGAGAUUGAGCCUCUCUUCAUUUUCAUGUAUAGCUACCUCGCCUACCUGCUGGCUGAGCUGCUAUCCAUCUCCAGUAUCAUGGCCAUUGUGACCUGUGCCUUGACCAUGAAGUACUACGUGGAAGAGAAUGUGUCCCAGCGCUCGUGCACCACUAUCAGGCACACCAUCAAAAUGCUUGGCACUGUGUCAGAGACACUUAUCUUUUUCUUCCUGGGUGUUGUUACGGUAACAACUGACCAUGAAUGGAACUGGGCUUAUGUCCUCUUUACUCUAUUCUUCGCCCAACUCUGGAGGACUCUAGGUAUCCUGGUAUUGACACAGAUAAUUAACCCCUUCCGCACCAUUCCCUUCAACUUCAAAGACCAGUUUGGUCUGGCUUAUGGUGGCCUUAGAGGAGCUAUAACAUUCGCAUUAGUUUUCACCCUUCCGGAUACUAUUCUUCGUAAAAAACUUUUCAUCACCACCUGCAUUACUGUCAUUAUCUUCACAGUCUUUGUCCAGGGUAUCAGUAUAAGGCCUAUUAUUGAACUGAUGAAUGUCAGAAAGACAAACCGGGAUCACUGCACCAUUAAUGUUGAAAUUCACAAAAGGCUGAUGGAACAUACCAUUGCAGGGAUAGAGGAUCUCUGUGGACAAUGGAGUCACCACUCAUUAAAAGACAGGUUUAUGCGGUUUAAUAACCGUUUCCUUCGUAAGAUUUUGAUCCGUGAUGACCGGGCUGAGUCGAGCAUUGUAGCCCUUUAUAAAAAACUGGAGCUACAAAAUGCUAUGGAGAUCUUGGACACAGUAUCUGGUGACAUCAGCGCAGAACAAAUCGCAAGACUAGACAAGGAGGACAAGUUUGCCAAACCUAAGAAGACGUUGUUGACAACAGAUCUGGUCUCCAUGCAUGAUAUUCUGUCAAAGAACAUGUAUAAGAUCAGAGAACGGACGAUGUCCUACACCAAUAAACAUGCCCUCCCUAACGACAGUAGAGACAGAGAGAUACUGAUGAGGCGACACGCCAGCAUCCGACGCAGUCUUAGACUUAGAAGACUCCAAAGUUCGGAGGCUACUGUGGCCCCAAAAUAUUUUUCUCUUCCUGUUGGUCAGAGUCUAAACUCUCGAUUUGCCACAGAAAGUCUAAACACAAAUGGUGAUGCUGACGUUAUGAUAAAACCUAGCUACCCAUCAGCCAGGCCCAGAUUUAGACAGCUUUCCCGGACCCCCUCCAUGCCAGCGACACCUCUAAGGAGGCUUGAGCCAUUUAAAGAGGACACAGUAGAUGAGGUAAACGAGGAGCAGAAAGGGUAUAGCUCAUCAACCCUGAGCUCCAGCUCUGCUUCCUUCAGACUCUCAGCUCCACAGAGGCGCACACAAAACAGGACCAGAGAUUCUGAGUCUGAGGGAGAAGGACAGCAGACUGUAUCUCCCCCUGCAGUAUGGAGCCCAGAGCCUCCUGAACAAGGCAGUGGUGAGGCACGAAACCCUCUGCUUCGGAGACCUCAGUGGAAGCCACAGGAUCGACGAGACCAGCCAAAGUGAAAGUCACACCAAAUUUUAACCAAACUAUGUGGUUGGUAUGAUAAGAGGAAACAUGCACUACUGUUCCAACGCCAUUAAAGAACCGGAAUAACUGGAUUAGGUCAGAAAUGGUGUGACUUGUAAACACUACCAGAACUUUGUUUUACUGGGUUGUUACAAAUUUACAGCAUGUAGUGUAUGAAAAAUCUUCUUUAAUAAUGCUGGUACUCUUUCUGCUACCCAUUAUAAACCAUUAGGACUGGCUCUUACUCAUCAAAGUUGGGUAGAGAUCAGCUCAGAACUGUGUGCAUAUAAUCAUUAUUUUUGCACUAUUUUGUUACCUGUUGUAACAAUAUCAAAUCAAACAGUCAUUUUAACUCAGUUCAUGAACGUUAGAUGUAGAUGGUUCAUGCACAUGAAUGCCUUAUUUGUAUGGCACAUGCAAAUGGCAUGACCUAAUUUACCCUCUGCGAGGAGGAUGAUAGUUAGUUAAGAAAUAAUUAACAAAGCACAAAAUCUGUGUUCAGCAAUAAUCAUUUUAAUCCCCAAAUUUGAACCCUAUCAAAAAUCUUAGGUUUGGAUCGAAGAAGGAAAUCCACAUGCACAAACCGUACAGUAUAAAAGAGCUUACAAUAUCAUGCACAAAGGAGUGAAUCAAAAUCCCUUUACCAGUGAUUCAGCCUUAUUAGACCUUACAGAAACUGAUUCAGUGUUGUUAUUCUCUUCAAGGUGGGUAGUAUAAAUAAUAAUAAUAAUAAUUGUUAGGAUGCUGAAAGAUUUGAAACCACCAUGUUGUAAUAAAGUGGUCUAAGGUCAAAAUCAGGUAGAAAACUAGACCGUUUUAUAAUCCCAUCUACAGGUAGUUACCCUAUUAAUGGCUAUUUCUAAAAUAUAUGGUGUGUGUGAAGAUGUUGAUAUGAAAUUAUGUAAUGAUUUCUAAAUGUACGUAUUUCUACAAAUUAUUACAAACUAUUGCUCAGAUAUUGCUCAGGCUACUGAGCUGAUAAAGAUCCAUGUCUGUGCAUUCAUACUGAUAAAUUGUUAACAUUACUAUUAACACUAUUACUGACUAUAUUAAUUGUUAACAAUAUUAGCAUUUUAUUAUUACUUACCAGUACUAGUGCAUUACUAAAGGCUACUAAAU